CGCUGCGGUGGGCGGGGCGCGGCGUUCGCACACCCGAGCCGGUGCCGCAGCAUCGCGGAGCGGCCCCGGGAUGGCGGCGGGGGAGCGGCGGAUCCUGUGCGCCGGGCUAGUGUGCCUGGACAUCAUCAGCGAGGUGGAGGCGUUCCCAGCCGAAGACUCGGACACCCGGUGCCGGUCGCAGCGAUGGCAGCGCGGCGGCAACGCCUCCAACUCCUGCACCGUGCUGGCCCUGCUCGGAGCGCCCUGCGCCUUCAUGGGCUCGCUGGCCCCGGGGCCCGCCGGCGAUUUCCUGCUAGCGGAUUUCCAGCGUCGUGGCAUCGAUGUGACACACGUGGUGCUGCACCCGCAUGGGGACAUGCCCUGCGCCUGCUGCCUGCUCAAUGCUGCCAAUGGCUCCCGCACCAUUGUGCUCCACGACACGAAACUGCCUGACGUCACGGCCCGCGACUUCGAGAGAGUCGACCUCUCCCAGUACAAAUGGAUCCACUGGGAAGCGCGUAACCCCGUGGAGCAGGCGGCGAUGAUGCGGCGGGUGCAGCAGCACAACCAGGCACAGCCCGCGGAGCAGCGGGUGCAAACCUCGGUGGAGCUGGAGAAGCCGCGGGAGGGGGUCCUGGAGCUCAUGGGGCUGGCGAGUGUGGUGUUCGUCAGCAAGGACCUGGUGCAGCACCUGGGGUUCCACUCAGCCCCCGAGGCGCUGCAGGGGCUGCGGGGCCGCCUGCAGCCGGGGGCUACCCUGAUCUGCGCGUGGGCCGAGGCAGGUGCCGACGCGCUGGGGCCGGACGGGCAGCUGCUGCACUCGGAUGCCUUCCCACCCGAGGCACUGGUGGACACGCUGGGUGCUGGCGACACCUUCAACGCCGCCGUCAUCUUUGCACUCUCGGAAGGGAGGAGCCUGCAGGAUGCCCUUACUUUCGGCUGCCGGAUCGCAGGCAAGAAAUGUGGGGUGCUGGGUUUCGAUGGCAUCAUCUGAGUGGGGCGGCACAUGCCAGGACCCCCCUCACCACGGGGGACGCUGCCCAUCACGUUCUCUCCUCAUUCCUGCUCCCAAUAAAGCCCUGCACUGCCCCCUCUCCCCACAGGGACCACACGGACCAGGAUCCAG